AAAAAAAAAAAACAACCACAAGAAGAAGAGAAACUCAAUCUUGGUAAUGCAACGUGCGGAAGUAAAGACAGAGAGAUUCCAGCCUCCAAAUACUGAUUGGUCUGAAACUGAGAGAGACCAAAUGGCUCUGGUACCCUCAUCUGCACCUGUGAACGAGAGCCCAGUGAUCACCGAGGUUGACAUGGGCGGCGACGACUCCACACCCACCGUCCGAGCCACCGUCGUCCAAGCCUCCACCGUCUUCUACGACACUCCUGCCACUCUAGAUAAGGCUGAGAGAUUGUUGGCUGAAGCAGCUGGGUAUGGAUCGCAGCUGGUUGUGUUUCCGGAAGCAUUUGUGGGAGGGUAUCCGCGCGGCUCCAAUUUCGGGGUUGCGAUUGGGAACAGAACUGCCAAGGGGAAAGAAGAGUUCCGAAAGUAUCAUGCCGCAGCCAUUAAUGUGCCUGGUCCUGAAGUUGACCGGUUGGCAUCAAUGGCUGGAAAAUAUAAGGUAUUCUUGGUAAUGGGUGUGAUAGAGAAAGAAGGGUAUACACUUUAUUGUACUGUUCUGUUUUUUGAUUCUCAAGGUUGCUACCUGGGAAAGCACCGAAAAAUAAUGCCAACAGCAUUAGAGCGAAUCAUUUGGGGAUUUGGAGAUGGAUCCACAAUUCCUGUGUUUGAUACUCCAAUUGGAAAAAUAGGUGCUGCCAUUUGUUGGGAAAAUAAGAUGCCACUUUUAAGGACAGCAAUGUAUGCUAAAGGCAUUGAAAUAUAUUGUGCUCCUACAGCUGAUUCUAGGGAUCUAUGGCAAGCGUCAAUGACCCAUAUUGCUUUAGAAGGUGGGUGCUUUGUCUUAUCAGCUAACCAAUUCUGUCGAAGGAAAGACUAUCCCCCUCCACCAGAGUAUAUAUUUUCAGGCACGGAAGAGGAACUUACUCCUGAUUCUGUUGUCUGUGCUGGAGGCAGUGUCAUCAUAUCACCGUCAGGGACUAUACUUGCUGGGCCCAAUUAUGACGGGGAGGCACUCAUCUCAGCAGAUCUUGAUAUUGGAGAUAUAGCAAGGGCGAAGUUUGAUUUUGAUGUGGUAGGACACUAUGCACGGCCUGAAGUGCUUAGCUUGAUAGUGAGGGACCAUCCAGCAAAUCCGGUUACUUUUACAUCAGCCUCAGCGAAGACAGAAGUCUCAGACAAAUCAUAAUUGAAUUUGCCAGCUCCUCACUAGGGUAGUUUGCAAAAUGCAGGCUUGUUCACAACUGUGAAUUGUACCCCAAAGUUGAUGGGAUUAUGUACUUGCUUACUUUGUACUAAAAUCAACUUUAGAGACGAAAUUUCUUCCUUGCUGUACCACCUAAUUUUAAUCCUUUCUUGAAUAUCUAAAGAAAAGAGAGCAGUAUAUCCUUUGCUUGUA